AUGGGAAAACGGAAGCAAUUGAAGGAUGUCGAGAUGAAGGACGGCGCGGCGGAGGACAGCAGUGACGAGGAUCUUGAUAUUAUCGACGUUGAUUUUGAAUGGUUCGAUCCUCAGCCAGCGGUGGACUUUCACGGCCUGAAAGUGUUGCUGCGCCAGCUCUUCGACUCGGAUUCCCAGCUAUUUGACCUGUCUGCGCUGUCAGAUUUGAUUCUAUCACAGCCGCUGCUGGGCUCGACGGUGAAGGUAGACGGGAAUGAGACAGAUCCAUAUGCCUUCCUUACAGUUCUAAAUCUACAUCAACACAAGGAUGUACCCGUAAUCAAGACAUUAACAGACUAUAUCCGAACCAAGUCAUCGAACGCCGAGUGCUCGUCACUGAACCAGCUGCUCUCUCAGCCGGAAGUGCCCCAGAUAGGGCUCAUAUUGACCGAGCGUCUCAUAAACGUACCCGCGCAAGUAGUUCCUCCGAUGUACACCAUGCUGCUCGAGGAGAUAUCGUGGGCACUUGAAGAGAAGGAACCAUAUAACUUCACGCAUUAUCUCAUAAUAUCCAAAACGUACCAAGAAGUCGAGUCGAAGUUGGACCAGGAAGACGACCGGCCGCAGAAGAAGAAGAAAAAGGCUGGCAAUGAAGGUUCAGAGACAUUCUACUUCCACCCUGAAGAUGAGAUACUGCAUAAACAUGCCCUAUGCCACACGGGAUAUAACUAUACCCACGAGACCGAAGGGCAGUCUGACUCGAAGAGAGCGUUCCAGGAGCUGGGAAUUCAUCCGCAGGGCCAUAUGAUCUUGAUAGAAGCGUCGAAGUUCGAGGCAGCCGUGGCCAACCUAAAGGAGUUCCUAAACCCAUCUUCGUGA